AUGGCCCAAGGUUGGCCUGAUUUGUUAAGAUAGGGAAACCGCUUCUGUGAGAGGGAGCACCAUAUUCCCAUCCCGCUUUCAAAAUCCCACAAAAUCCAAGGCCUUCAACAAUCGUCUCUCCGCCCCCUUCUCCCCUUACGGUCUUUCCUUCGUUCGGCUCCUCGAAAUCCUUCCCCAUUCUUUGAGAAGAAUGCCGACUUCGAAGAAGGGGAAGCGCGCGAUCAUCUCCAUCUCCUCUUCCUCCUUUUCCGAAGAAGAAGAAUCCGAAGCACAAGAAGAAGAUUCCGAGGAAGAAGAAGAAGAGGAUGACGAAUCUGAAGAAGGAGACGAAGAAUCCUUGAGUGAGGACGUGGGCGGAUCCACGGAAGAGGAAGAAGACGGUGACGAUGCUGAUUAUGAAGAAGAAGAAGAGGAGGAGGAGGAGGAGGAAGAAGAAGAUGAUGAUGAUGCCAUGGAUGGAAAGCCUACGGACGAAGAACUCUGCAACAAAGUCAUCGAUCUCCUCCGGAGAAACAAAAGUCUAGAUAUACUCAAGCUGGAAGAGUGCAAAGCUUACUUGAGGAAGCAUGGGCUUAGAUUAAACGGGACUAAAGCUACGUGUAUUGAAAGAAUUCUGGAGCACUGGAGGAUAAAAGAUGGAAAUGGGGGAAAAUUGUAUCCAAGGUCAUCCUUUGUUUUCAAUUGUACAGGGGAUGUUUGCAAAGGCGACGUCAUUUUGUUCGAGCAGAGGGUUUAUGAGAAGUUUGACAUAGUUACAAGAGGUGCAAGUAUUAUAGGAAGGCGGACAAUUGCAGGAAGAGUUGUAAAGGAAAGUUAUGGUGCAGCCAAACAGCAACAUACUUUUACUGUCGAAGUGUUGUGGAGCAAAGGUGUGAAGGCGCUGCCGCCCUUAUUUUCUUUGCUUGUUAAGGGACGUAACCUCUAUAGACUGAAAACUUUCCGCCAGCGCUGGAGCAAUGAAGCAGAGAGAUCAAAGGUUCUGGCGGAGAAGCACAGAAGAGGAGCAGCAGCAAGGCAUGCCAGAACAAUUGCAAAGGCUAGGUCUGCAAACAAAGGUUCCAAGCGCCAGAAAAAUUCCUCUGAAACUAGAGCACCUCCUAAGAAAAGAAGAAAGAAAGAGCCGUGUUAUCCUACCAAGAAACAGAAACAGAACAUGUCUAUUGACAAGGCUUCCUUUAAUGGUCGUGGAAGGACAAAGCAGCUUGCCAUGACAAGGGAUCUCGCUUCAUUAGCUAGGAAUCCGAGGCAAGCCAGUUAUUUUGAAAAUGGAAUUCAUAUGCAGCAUCCCAUCCCUCAAAGGAUCCCCUUUAGUAAUCUUUAUAACACACAACUGGAAUUGUGUCAUAGAAAUAACAUAGUGCCAUCUGAAGCAAAUAGAGGGGUCCUUGGCAGCCAUACUUACAAUGCAGGCAAUCUGCUGAAUGUGGCUGGAAGGUCUUUCAAUGGGGGAAAUUAUCUCAACCAUCCUUAUGCAGAUUCUCACUUUCAUCCGUGGAGCUCAAUCCAUCUAUCAAGACCACCAGAUUUUGAUAGUAACCCAACACUGCCUCCAGGAAUGCAGUUCCGUAGAUGGAGGCCUUGAGAUUUGUUUUAGUCCAGGUUGGCUGGAUCCUGCUACUGAAAAUUUGUGUUCUGGCUUGUAAAAUGGUACGAAAUCAAUGCAGAGUUGCUGAUAGAAGUCGUCAAUCAAGGCAGUUUGAGUCUUGUCUUAGCUUAUAAAUAUCUCCAUCCCAGGUGAUGCUAAAAGAGGGCAUAUGGGUCUGAUAUCCAGCCAACGGAAGGAUUUGUCUGGAUUUGGUAAUGAUUCCACCAAUACUGAAGCAUCACUAUAAACCAACAAAAUCUUCCUUUCAAUAUAUGACAAGGCUUGCAUGACGGCAUCAAAAUUGUGUCACUGAAUUUCGUGAUACUGAAUUUCUUUUCAAGUUCGGGGCGAUACCCCUGGGUAGACUAAAGCAUAUAAAUGUUCCUGAAACUUGUGAUAUAAAAGACAACAAUAAGUUUUAAAGAUUGAUCAACAGUACUUUUGUAGUUAAGUAGCUGGAUAUUUGUUUUGCCUGCCGGAGAAGCAUAGUUCAUGCUUCGGUAACAAAGAACUCCCUGAUCUAAAAAGGGAUUCCACCUGAAGA